AUGGAUCACUCAAGCAAGGCUCAACCCGAUCUCGAUUCACCAGUCCAACCAUCAAGAGAAGUUCCAAACGAGCGUGACGAGGAUAAAGAGUCGGUCGAAGAAACGCCACCCCCUUCACCUAUGCCGCCAAAGUGUGAAGAGGAAUCAACGCCGAGCCAACAAUGCCCUCAGUCGACUUCUGCCACCGAGCUUGAAGAUACUACGGGCUUGAACUGGCUUAACGCAUAUGGGGCUUCUCAAACUCCAGCUUUUGUCUCAGUAACCAGUCGUCCGUCUCGGGAACAGCUUCCUUAUCUGCCUAUUCCCGCCCCUGGUAAAUCUCUGCAACCCGCAUGGAACCCCACGAAUCCCCUCGCUUCGCCCCUUUUUGGUUUGGUACCGCCAGUGAACGGCCGACCACCGCAGCCUGAACCGACGCAGAGAAAAUGGUAUAACGAGGUCAAGAACCUCAGGACUAACGAGUUCUCGCAUACCGAUGCAACGAAUCACCAUGGGUCGCCGACAUAUUUUCCAUUCUCAUAUCCAGUCUUCUUGGGCUCCCCCACGGAUCCAAGGGCGACUCCGACUUGGUUGCCACGCGACCCUCCUCCCCCCUCACCAUCGCAGGCACCAUGUUAUAGGCCAACCUCUUCUUCCCGCGGUGCACCGUCGACCAUUGCUGGGAGCAGUCGUCCGGCCUGGUCAGUGUCCAGCAGUGUAGCCCUGCCAAAGCUGCAUACCAAAGGCCAUCGGCAGGAGCCGUACCAGCUUUCGGGGAGGCCUGGGCAAUCGCCGCGCACACCUAGGCCACAUUACGGGCCACAGCCCCGUGUGGAGGCGGCACAAGAGGCAGCAGCUUCUGCCACCGAGCCUGAAGCUGGGCCUGCACCAACUACAUCCACACUACACGAUAAGCUAUCACAUCGUGUUGAGGAAGAAGCAGCAACCAAUGGCCCAGCUGUCUCCGUGCCAAAAACACGGCGCGAUUCCUCCAUGCCAAAGGGCCACUUUAAGGGUCAUCGGCAGGAGCCGUACGCGUCGUCGAGAAGGCUCAGGGCAAGGCCAACACCACCUAUACCCAAAGAUCCACAUGAUGACCUACCCCAUCGUGGUGAAGGGGUGGCGAAAGAGGCGGCAGCUUCUGUCGAUGAGACUGACGCUGCUCUGCCUAUUCGGGAGAAGCAGCCAGUGGUAGGCAAGGGCGAAGAGGCAUGA